AUGCCACUAUGUCAAGGUGACUCUUGUGAAUUAUUGGAUCUAGGAACAAAGGUACGUAUAAAAUUGGAUGAGCCUAUAGAUUAUAAUACUGACCAAAGAUUAUAUGGUAAUUUUAGAUCAAGUGACAUCAAAUGGAAUCCAGAAAUUAAAACCAUUCAAGACUUGAUGUUGAAGCCAUCUUUUCCUCCUCUUUAUAAAGUUAAUGAUUCAGAUAUAUGGUAUACCAAGAAUCAAAUUCAAGUUGUAGACAAAGAUGAACAAAAACCAUCAAGUAUUGUUGUCAGAGGAAAACCAACAACAUACAAAGUUUUACAAAUACAUCAAAAAGAUAAAUCAAGUGGCAAAGAUUUAAAUUCAACAAUGACCUCUACUAAGCUAUCUACAAAUUUAGGAAAUGAAUUAAAGAAAUGGUAA